AUGGUCUGCAUCAGGCGAGCGACGGUCGACGAUCUGCUGGCGAUGCAGGCCUGCAAUCUCAUGUGUCUUCCCGAGAACUACCAGAUGAAGUAUUAUCUCUACCAUAUACUCUCAUGGCCUCAGCUCCUCUACGUCGCCGAGGACUACAAUGGUCGCAUCGUCGGCUAUGUGCUCGCCAAGAUGGAAGAAGAGAGCAACGAGUGCCACGGCCACAUCACUUCUCUCGCCGUUCUUCGCACCCAUAGGAAGCUCGGUCUCGCCACCAAGCUCAUGACCGCUGCUCAGGCCGCCAUGGAACAGGUUUAUGAGGCAGAGUAUGUUUCACUUCAUGUGAGGAGAAGUAACCGAGCAGCGUUCAAUCUGUACACGGAGACAUUAGGCUACAAGAUUAACGAUGUAGAAGCAAAGUACUACGCUGAUGGGGAGGACGCCUACGACAUGCGGAAGAAUCUCAAGGGGAAGCAAAACCAUAGCCACGGCCACGGGCACCAUCAUCACCAACAUGGAGGUGGAUGUUGUUCUGGUGAUGCAAAAGCUGUAGAAACAUCCCAUGCCCAAGCAAGUUCCAAGUGA